AACCGCACGUUUCACAGAAAGAGAAGUUCUUGUUCAGCAUCACAGAUGAUCUCCUCCGUUGUUUCUCCACAGGACCCAAUCCAUGCUCCAGAAUGUCCUGUGAUUUCAUGUGUUUGCUCAACCCGACUGGUGCCAGGUGCACCUGUCCAGAGGGGAAGGUGCUGGUGAACGGCACCUGCAAUGAUGUCAACGUCUCAGGUGAACUGUGCCGCCCCCCCUGUGAGAAUGGAGGCCGCUGCUUAGCCAAUGAGAAAGGAGACUGGAGGUGCUACUGCUGGCCUGACUUUUCAGGGGAGCGUUGUGAGGUCAACCACUGCACAGACUACUGCCUAAACGGAGGCACCUGCAUGGGCUCGCCGCUGGGUACGUCUGUGCUUUCAAAAACUCUUUACUGCAUGAUUCCUUUGGACGAUUCACAUGUUUGACGUGUUUCUGAGUCGCUGCACGAAGAAUAAUUCAUGUGAACGUUUAUGCUGCAGGAUUCUUUAUGUUCUUUGUUUACCAGUUUUGAUUUAAACCCCUGCUUGAUGGCACGCAGACACAUUUGUCUUCAUUUAAAGCGAUGCAGCUUCUUCUCUUCAGGUCAGAUUCGGCUGCAUUACAAAAGCCAGUUGAGCAGUUUUAUCAUUGAUGUGGCUCUGAAAGGAGCCUCCAGCCUUCAUGUGAAGGUCUCCUUUGAGGAGCUCUCCUGAGAUGUCAGCAGUGAAACUGAAGCAGGACGUACAGACCUGUUAAAGAAGCUUUCCUGGAUUUAAAAGCCUUUGUAUAUCACGCCCACAUCAUAGAAGUUAAGUUGCUUUUAAAAAAAGAUACAGAUAAAAAAUGAAACAUGUUUAUUGGCCUAAUGUAGAAAGAAA